AUGGAGCGUGGCCCAAAUUUUGUCCUUACGAGUGAUGAAUCAGAGUCGUUGUUAAUUCCUGAUUUAGGAGAGGAUGAGGGGUCCUCUCGUACAGCUGACUUCUGGCUUGUGGGGAAAGUGGUCGCUCAAAAUAGCUUUAAUGUUCGUGCCUUCAAAACCACCAUAGCCCAAGUUUGGAAGGUGAAGCAAGGAGUAGAGAUUCGCGAGGUCGGGAGGAACUUAUUUACUUUUCGUUUCUUCGACGAGCGAGAUCGAUCGUGGGUGCUGAAACAAGGACCAUGGAACUUCGAUAGAUUUCUGGUGGCAGUUCAGAUCUUAGAUCCGCAAGAAAACCCAACAGAGGUGGUGCUGGACCGGAUCCCUUUCUGGGUCAGGGUUCACGAACUCCCUCUGGCCCUUCGGACGGAGUCGGUGGCAAGAUCAAUUGGCGACUCUCUUGGGGGUUUUAUCUCCUGGGACAGAAAUGAGGAUAACCGACUAGGCCCUUUCCUCCGUCUUCGAUCGUGGGUGAAAAUCACUUGCCCCCUCCGCAGGGGAACAAUCAUUGCUAGACAAGGACGUAAUCCAUUAAAGGUUUGGUUUCAAUACGAAAGGCUGAGCAAUUUCUGUUAUAUGUGUGGUGGCCUGGAUCAUGUACUGAAAGACUGUGCUGGUUUUGAUGGGGAUGAGGAGGAGGAGGGAAUCCAGGCGCUCCCGUAUGGUGCUUGGAUUAGGGCUCCACCGCUACGGUCAAAUGUGAUUUCUGGAAUACGUGGGGAAGUUUCACGAUCUGGAGUUAAUUGUCCUGAGGCUUUGGUUGAAGGGCACGGGCCGGUGGUAACUUCAGAUACGGUUCCUAGUAAGGGUGAUGGUAGGGUUGACUCAGAGGUCUUGGUCGAUGCUUUAGUGUCUAACCUUGCCAAAGUUAAUAUGAAACAGGUUGUGGGUAACUGUUCUGAAACUGAAAAGGAUCAGGUAGCAGUCGAGGAGGCUAACCAACAACUUAAGGCAUCGGGGGGGGUAAAACCUUCUACUGUUAUCCUGAAUACAGUUGGGCAAGGCAGUGGGUUAGAGAAGGCAGAUGAGGGAGCCCCUAAGGAGGUGACUUCUACUGAGGAGCAGGAACAGGUGGCUAAAGCUGCCGAGGCACAACACACCGAGGAGCUUUGUGUGCUGGUAGGACCUGAGGAGACUGUGGUGAUGGGUGGUCCUGUGAAGAAGAUAGUGGCAGGAAAGGGUGAUGGGAGGAAAUGGAAGAAGAUAGCCAGGGAUACCAAGGCUCUUUCCUCGGCCAUAUCAUCAGCAGGAGCAUCGAAGAGGAAAAGUUCUUUGCUGAAUGACCCUAUGGUCCUAAUGGAUAGUAUUGAUGAUGUUCCUUUGAAAAAGUUAUGUGAUAUGCUAACGGUGGAGGCUGGAGACCAGCCCCGCCGACAGCCAUGA